AGGAAUGGCUCCUUGUUGGUACCAAACAAGGGCAUCUUCUGCUUUACAGGAUCAAGAAAGAUGCAGUGCCAGGAGAGGUUAUGUCAUCAGAAAGUGUCUGUUGCAAUAGGUUUGAAGUGACACUAGAGAAAUCCAACAAGAACUUCUCAAAAAAGAUUCAGCAGAUUCAUGUUGUUUCUCAGUUUAAAAUUCUGGUCAGUCUGUUAGAAAACAACAUUUAUGUCCAUGACCUGUUGACAUUUCAACAAAUCACUACAGUUUCCAAGGCAAAAGGUGCAUCUCUCUUCACUUGUGAUCUCAAGCAGUCAGAUACAGGGGAAGAGGUGCUGAGGAUGUGCGUGGCGGUGCGGAAGAAGCUGCAACUUUAUUUUUGGAAGGACAGAGAGUUCCAUGAACUGCAGGGCGACUUCAGUGUCCCUGAUGUACCCAAGUCUAUGGCCUGGUGUGAAAAUUCCAUCUGUGUAGGCUUCAAGAGGGACUAUUACCUGAUACGGGUGGAUGGAAAAGGAUCCAUCAAAGAACUGUUUCCUACAGGGAAGCAGCUGGAACCAUUGGUAGCUCCUGUAGCAGAUGGAAAAGUUGCAGUUGGCCAAGAUGAUCUAACAGUUGUGCUCAAUGAAGAAGGGGUCUGUACUCAGAAAUGUGCCUUGAACUGGACAGAUAUUCCUAUAGCCAUGGAGCACCAGCCUCCCUACAUCAUUGCUGUUCUGCCAAGGUACGUGGAGAUCCGGACGUUUGAGCCCCGGCUGCUGGUGCAGAGCAUUGAGCUGCAGAGGCCACGCUUCAUCACUUCUGGAGGCACAAAUAUUAUAUACGUGGCAAGCAAUCACUUUGUUUGGAGGCUCAUUCCAGUGUCCAUAGCCACACAGAUCCAGCAGCUUCUGCAGGACAAGCAGUUUGAGUUGGCUUUGCAGUUGGCAGAGAUGAAAGAUGAUUCAGAUAGUGAGAAGCGACAACAGAUUCACCACAUAAAGAACCUGUUUGCCUUCAACCUCUUCUGCCAGAAGCGCUUUGAUGAAUCCAUGCAGGUUUUUGCCAAGCUUGGUACAGAUCCCACUCAUGUGAUGGGUCUGUAUCCUGACCUCCUGCCCACAGAUUACAGGAAACAGCUACAGUAUCCCAACCCCCUGCCAGGGCUCUCUGGGGCAGAGCUGGAGAAGGCACAUUUAGCUCUGAUAGACUACCUAACUCAAAAAAGAAGUCAGCUGGUGAAGAAGCUAAAUGAUUCUGACCAUCAGUCCAGUACCUCACCCCUCAUGGAAGGAACACCCACAAUCAAAUCCAAAAAGAAGCUGCUACAAAUCAUUGACACCACUCUGUUAAAGUGCUACCUCCAUACAAAUGUAGCACUGGUGGCACCAUUACUACGCCUGGAGAACAAUCACUGCCAUAUUGAGGAGAGUGAGCACGUACUAAAGAAGGCACACAAGUACAGUGAGCUGAUAAUACUGUAUGAGAAGAAAGGUCUGCAUGAGAAAGCAUUACAGGUACUGGUGGAUCAGUCAAAGAAAGCCAACUCGCCUUUGAAGGGUCAUGAGAGAACUGUGCAGUAUCUGCAGCAUUUGGGAACAGAGAACUUGCACUUGGUAUUUUCCUACUCUGUCUGGGUGCUAAGAGAUUUUCCUGAAGAUGGACUGAAGAUAUUCACAGAAGACCUCCCAGAAGUGGAAGCUUUGCCACGAGACAAAGUGCUCAGUUUCUUGAUAGAAAAUUUUAAAAGCUUGACUAUUCCUUAUCUGGAACACAUCAUUCAUGUCUGGGAAGAAACAGGUGCAGAAUUCCAUAACUGUCUGAUCCAGCUGUACUGUGAGAAAGUGCAGGGCUUGAUGAAGUUCCCUCCAGAUAAAACUCCAGUGCCUGCUGGAGAGGAAGGAGGAGACUUGGGAGAUUACCGGAAGAAGCUUCUGCUGUUUCUGGAGAAGUCUACCUGGUAUGAACCUAGUCGACUAAUUAGUGACUUCCCCUUUGAUGGUCUCCUAGAAGAACGUGCUCUGCUCUUGGGCCGUAUGGGGAAGCAUGAGCAAGCUCUGUUUAUUUAUGUUCAUAUUUUGAAGGACACCAACAUGGCUGAAAAGUAA